GGUAAAUUAAAUCAUCAACAAAAUUGUCAGAACUUCCUCAGCAGAACCUAAUCAUUACUUCAUGGCUUUGUAUUUAUCUACAGCUUCGGAGUUGACUCAUUUUCUCCAUAAUUUUGAUUUAAAGAGUCGACUCUGUUAGGAACCGAUUCCUAGAGCUUCCUGCGUUGAUGCUUGAAUCGUGGCUGUUUUUUGAUCUUGCUAACAGUUUAUUGUCUUUCACAGUGAACAUGGUGUUUCUCACUGGGGAGGAAAAAAGAUCUCAGGACGUCUAAUAACCAAAUAACAGUUAAAUAAAUCAUUGUUUUUAUAAUAACAGUGUUUAAGUUUAGCUGUAGCUUUAGCAUUAGCUAACGCAGUUAAAAGCAGCUGUGAUUAAACACACAUUUGUGUCCUGGGCCUGCGAUGGUGACCUCCUCUGACUGACUGACUGAUUCAUCAUCAUCAUCAUCAUCAUCAUCAUGAACCUCCUCCAAGUCGCUCUGCUGUUCUUAUGCUGUGUGUGUGACAUCAGCAGCACAGUGAGGAUCGUAGGCAAUCAGACCCUGGAGAAUAAAAACCCUGGAGACUGCAAUUUAUCACUGUGUUCUGCUCAGUCAUGUACUCAUGUUAUCUUCUCAGAGAAGGACUUCACGUGUAUUUUCCUGGACUGUGAUAACGACACGUCAUGUGAUCUCUCUGUAGCAGAACUGGGAGGAAAAACUCAGAAGGAAGGAACAAGCCAGAAAAAUCAAACCCAUCCACUCCAGACCCCUUCACCACAGACUACCACUGUUGCCCCUUUAUCUGCCCCUGUAUCCCAGCUUUUGUUCAGUAGGAACUCUUUAGACUCAAGUUUUAGCAGCAACACCAGCGACUCCUUUCAACCCCAGAAAGAGCAGAAUGGAGACCUGGAGCAAGCUCUAAGCAGUUCCUCCAAGGAUGGAGCCCCAGUGCAAGUCAAAAAAACAACCCCGCAAAAUGAACACCAGGUACACCCAUCAAUCAGGAGUUCUACCCCUGCACCAACCUCUCUACCAGUUUCUUUAGCAUCUGAGGGGGCAGGAAACAUUUCAUCAACCACGACCAAGAAGCAAAAUGGAACUCCAUUGAAGAAAACUGAACAAACAACAAGAAGUAGCUCCACCUCCACCAGCACCACCACCUCCACCAGCACCACCACCUCCACCAGCACCACCACCUCCACCAGCACCAGCACCUCCACCAGCACCAGCACCUCCACCAGCACCACCACCACCUCAGACACCCCAGCUCUUCCUACUAACUCCACAACAGAGAACACCACCACCUUCACCUCGACGACAGUCAACCUGACAACCACUAGCACCACCAAUAAAGUUACCUCACCUCCUUCCACCACCCAAACACAGCCAACCACUAUACCACCACCCACGCCUCCUCCGCCACCUCCUUCCUCCACCACUCCAACCUUUUUGCCCUCCCUCUCUCCUCCCACACCUCCACCAGGCCAAAAUCCUUCCACGUCGUCUUCCAGAGUUCCAGAUGUUACCUCUUAUCAGGAUCAAGACAACGAGGGAACAGCAGGAGGAGAGCUGAAGAGUCACUUUAUCAACACAAACUCUCUGAUCGCUGUGCUGAUCUUCGGCCUGUUGUUCUUCGUCGUCACGGUCCUCCUCUUCCUCAGACAUGCCUAUGAGAGUUAUAAGAGGAGGGGCUACACACAGAUGGACUAUCUCAUCAAUGGCAUGUACUCCGACUCAGGGCUCUGACUCUUCUGUUUACAUCUCAAUAAGAAAGUUCUUCUUUUCCCCUCCGUGUAAUUUUGAGAGUUUGUGUUGUAAAUUUUAAUGGAAUUUUCUGGACUGAAGAAGACAAAAUUAGAUCGAAGUUCAUCUUUAAUUCAAACUUGUCGAUCUGGAGAUGUGACUUUACUGUUGACCAAAAGACCAAAAGAAAUGAUAUAAACACAGAAGAAAGAUAAAUACAAAUAAAUAACAAAAGAAAAGAUGAGACAAAAUGAAAGCAGAGUACAGAAAAAAGAGAAGAAAAUGAAAGUAGAAAGAAAAACAUCGCCGUAUUAAAGCGGAGAAAAUGAGAGCGAAUAAAAGAGGAAUGAACUCCUGCAGUCCUCCAAUGAACAGAUUCUGUCGUCUUCAGUCUUAAAAAAAAAAAAAAGGUGUUUGAUGAAGUGCAGUAAGUUCUGGACCAUCACCCCGAAUGUACAGCCUUGUGUUUCUUUCCUCUAUGCAGAUGAGGUUUAAUGUGAAACUUCUUCUCUUUAAUAUUCAGAAUUAAUGCUAUGUAAAAACCUGAUGGUGCAAUAUCCACGAUUUCUUUUCUUUUUUUUGUCUUCCACUAAAAUUCAGUAUAUAUUGAGCACCUGAAAUGUUCAGGUUGCACUAGUUGCCUUUUGCCAUGUUUAUUAGACAAGUUAUUAAUCAAUGCCUUUAUUUUACAAGUGUUUUUUUUUCUGCUGUUUGGAUUUGGGUUGAUGCCAAAACACAGCCACUGAGGCACGAAAGCACAUUAAUGAGUAGCCAAGGGAAGUGUCGAGCCAUAACCAGCUUCACCAACGGACCUCUGUCCAGGGAAGUUGGAUGAUUAUUAUUAUUAUUAUUAUUAUUAUUAGUAUUAUUAUUAUUUAGAUUUUUUUAUACUGCAGAGGGUUGAACAGGACCGAGCGCAGGAUGCAGGAGAUGUUUGUGCCAAUAUGUCAUAUAUAAUAAUGCACUUUGAAAAUCAUGAUUGUUUACUUUGCAGAAAAUCUAAUAAACACAGAACAAACAA